GUUAUGUAAGCUUUGCGGUAGAGAUACACGGAAGAGUUGUAUCCUUUAUCGACAAACAUAUAUAAAAAGAAAUCUACUUUUACUUUAUUCUUUAAGGUGUUGAGAUGUAGUAAAAUGUCCAUGAACGCUGGUGAGGUAAUGGAGUUGGUAUGCGACGACACUCAUCGUUUAGUCACAAUGGCCGAUCAAUUUCUUCCCAACUUAGUUCGACAAACAGCUAAAGUCAUCGUUUACAUUACUUGGCUAUUAUAUUUUGUCGGCUGGAAUUUUGUGCCAGGUCUAGGAGUAUUUACGAUCCUCGCAUUAUUUCGCCUAUGCAUGACAAAAAUAGACAUAAACUAUCGUAAGAAAGCUUCACAACUUUCAGAGAAACGCCUUGGUUACCUUCGAGAAGUUCUGACUAUCAUUCAUUCCGUUAAACUGAAUUGCUUGGAGCAUGUCUACGAGGGAAAGAUUCAAAGAACAAGAUGGUAAGUUUCUUUUAACAGAGCAAAGAGAAAAGGAAUGAUUAAAUUCAUAUUACACGCAUACUGUACCUAUUCCCAUGGCAUGUUAUUCCGCUAAAAAAUCUCUGACAUUCGAUUCGCAAACAUUCAAUCUCGAGCGCUUUACUAACCAUAUUAAUUUGACGGACUCAUACAAUAAAUUUUCUGAGCACCUUUUCUUUUUCUAGGCAAGAAAUAAAAUAUAAAGCAAAAAGGUGGAUUAUUCUUUCUGCGAGCUUUUCGUUUACUUCAUGUGGACAACAUCUGUCAACCUUUGUCAUUGUGCUGGUUCUCAUCUACACUGAUCGCUCUAUGCUGACUUUUGAUAAUCUAUUCACGAUAAUGGUGCUGUCUGUCGGCAUUGGUGAGAUUAUUUGCAUGAAAUUACCGAUUUCUAUUCAUUUCAGUACGGAUAUAAUCACCGGUCUUACUCGGAUACAGCGAUUCUUGGAAAGUUGCGAUGCUACACAUGAUACCAUUAAUGAAUUUCCGCCUACCAAAGGAAAGGUAUCAGAGAUAGAUGAGAAAUCAAGCGAUGAUAAAAAAUCUUCGGAGGUAGUUCGUGAAACUCCUUAUGUUUGCCUGGAUAACGUAUUUUGCAAACUACUCACAUCCAAUGCUUCAUAUGCACAAACGGAAGAUGUUACACUUUUAAAUGACAUUUCUAUCACAAUAUCAUCCAAGAAGUUAGUUAUAAUAACUGGCUCAGUUGGCAGUGGAAAGUCGUCACUGCUCUCAAGUAUUCUUCAUGGAGAACUUCAUAUAGCUAAGGGAUCUAUAAAACAUUUUGGAAACAUUGCGUAUGUUUCGGAUACGCCUUGGGUAUUUCCCGGCACCAUUCGAGAGAAUAUAUUAUUCGGCUUAGCGUAUGAUGAAGAAUGGUAUUCGAACACCAUCAAAGCUUGUCAGUUGGAGAGAGAUUUCAAAAGAUUCCCAGAUCAGGAUUUAUCACAUAUUGGAGAACACGGUGCAACAUUGAGUGGUGGACAACGGACACGUAUCGCAUUAGCACGGGCUGUGUACUCACGCGCUGAUAUAUAUCUACUGGAUGAUCCUUUCAGUUCUUUAGAUGCCAAGGUGGCAGAAAAUGUUUUCAACAAUGUUUUCAAAGGAUUGUUGUCAGAACGGAUUGUUUUUGCCGUUACACUCAAUCCUCGGUAUUUGGCCCAAGCUGACUACAUCGUGAAGUUAACAAAAGGUCAGUUAAAUUAUAUAUAAAACAUAAAAUUACAAAAACGUCUAUGCUCUCCUGAUAUCCUCCUUGUGGGUCUCUCAGGGGGUCUUUGUUCCCGUGUUCACUUUAAACGUUUCCUUUUGUUAUUUUGUUCCCAAAACGUUUCUGAGUCUACAUGUUUCCUUGUUCCCCAGCUGACUUUUUCGGCUUUCCAUUGCAAAAUAUCAGGCCUUGUUCUCUUGUUCGCUCAAAACCCGGUUAGCACUAUUUUCCAUCCAGCAAACUGACCUGACAUCAUUUUCGGAAGAUGGAAGAGGUGUUAAAUGGCUAUGUAACGCCAUUACACUGAAUCCUCGAUAUUUAGCCCAAGCUGACUACAUCGUGAAGUUGACAAAAGGUUAGUUAAAUUAUCAGUUAAAUCAUAAAAUCAAAAAACAUCUAUGCUCUCCCGGCUGAUAUCCUCCUUGAGGGUCUCCCAAGGGGUCUGUGUUCCCGUGUUCACUUCAAAUUUCUCUUCAUUCUUUUGUUCCCAAAACACAUUUCACUGUUCCAUUGUUCCCUAAGCCUACAUGUUUCCUUUUUCCGGCUUUUCCGUUGCAAAAUAUGCCUUGUUUCCUUGUUCGCCCAAAUCCAAACCUGGGAGUCCCGCCUUCUUUGGGUUACACAUAUGCAUAAAUAAACAAGAUGUGAGUUUUUCCAAUGGCUCCAUUUUAAGAAGGCUCUGCAUUUUUAGACACAACUUUUUAUAUAUUCAAUCUAUAGACAGAAUGAGCUUCCACUGUAAAACAAAGUCAUUGCUUAGAGGAUUAUAAUUCACACUUUCCGGUCCAAAUGUAUGGAAUACAAGUGGUAUGACGCUUCCCAGAGCGUGAAUGAGCCACAUUAUGCCAAGCAUAGGGGACUAGAAACAAGAAGAAGCGCGGGAACAGCCCCUGCUGCGCGCCACGUGGCGGAGCCCCCCGCAUCAUAUUCUGACUUUUUUCAAAUGUGUGAAUGAGCCAAGUUCAAGGUAAGUUUUCGCUGUAACAUUUUGCCUUUUCUGUGCAAAAUUAACCUAUAGUUAGUAGUAAUGAGUUCUAAGAAACGAUGGAGAUCUCGCAGCAGACAAAGUUCUGACGAGCGCUCCGUUAGUCGCCACAAACACAACAAACGCCGUCUCUCUGAAACCAGUAGGUCAUUUGGAUCGCGAUGCCAAUAACAAUGCCAAUAACAAUGUUAAUGCAAAUGUCUGGUUGUUAAUAACUUGGUUAAAAAAUAAACUUUGGUGUGGCCAUCAACGUGAGAGUCGAGAGGGACGGGGGUCCGUGUUCACCAAUUUACCCGUGGUCCGUGGUUGGCUCUCCCCGGCCUUGGUGCUUCACAAAGCCAAAAAGGAGGGAACAACGCUAGUGUUGGUUGCACGUCUAUGGACCGCACAACCUUGGUGGCCUCUGCUGAUAGAUCUAGAACUAAUUAUAGAUUACUCAAUCUAUCUAGGGAACAGUCCCAAAUUACAACAGGAUGUGUCCAAUCAAGGGCUACACACCCUCUUUUUCCCUCUCUGAAGUUAGCCGUAUGGACAAUAUCAGGUAAAAAACCCCAAAACAAUCGGAGUUUCAGAGACAGCUGUCGAUCUCCUCUGCAACAGCGUCAAGAGCAUAACCACCAAAACCUACAAUGUCUCCUGGACUCAGUGGAGUCGCUGGUGUUCGGAAAGGAAAAGUGAUCCCGUAUUAUGUCCAGUAUCUGACAUUUUGACCUUCCUAGCCGAACAAUUUUCGAAGGGUAAAGAAUACAGGACGGUAAAUGUGUUAAGAUCAGCAAUUUCCUCAGCUAACUGUCAUAUUGAUAACAAACCUGUUGGACAGCAUCCUCUCGUAUUGCGAUUAGUGAAGGGCGUGUCAAUCUCUCGUCCACCACAACCUAGGUACCAACACACUUGGGAUGUUUUUGUCGUUACUAAUACUACUAUAAUAGUGCAAUAACUUUGAAACAACUUUCACAGAAACUCUGUAUGUUAACCGAGCUUCUUUCAGGGCAAGUUAGCGCCAUCAUGGCUUCAUUGGACAUCACUUGCAUGCGCUACUACCCAGAAGGAGUUAAGUUCCCUCACACCAUUUUUCGCAAGCGGUCUCAUAGUGGAAAUUUAGGGGAAUUGGUUUAUCCUAAGUUUGCCAACGAAUCACUUUGUCUGGUUACGUGUCUAACGAACAAAAGGAUAGAAACAAAAGAACGACGACAAGCCAUGCCGUUUUCUAUCUUUCAAAAAGCCUCACAAACCUGUUUCCUCAUCGACGCUUUCACGUUGGGUUAAGGAAAUAAUCCGUCUGACUGGAAUUAAGGACGAUAUCUUUAAAGGUCACUCGGUUCGUGGGGCCUCAACCACUGCUGCCAAGACAGCUGGUUUAUCCAUCGAUAGUAUUUUAUCUAUGGCUGAUUGGACGAACAAAUCAACUUUUAAUAACUUUUAUUAUAGGCCUUCAUUGCCAAUAUCGUAUGAGACAUCUGUUUUGACUAACCCAAGUUAAUUUAUCAGUUCAUGUUUGUUUAUUUUUUAUUCAAAUUGAAUGAUUAGUUUGUUGUGUGUCAGUAAUUGUAUUCCAUACAUUUCGACCAGAAGUGUGAAGUAUAAUUUGAAUUAUACAAGGGCGCGCUCGUAUAAUCAUAAUUAUACGAGCACUGCGGCGCUUGUAUAAUUCAAAUUAUUAAAACCAUUCAUCUGAAGUUAAUCUUCGGUCAAAAAGAGACCAUUACUUGGGGGGUACGUUCAAAUAGUAUACUAGGGGAAGGGCAACAUGGGCUCUGUCUUUCCUGCCAAAUUACUCCAUACAUUUGUAACUCUGGGACUUCUUCCUCUUACCAAGACACAUUUUUUUCUAACAGAACGUGUUCGUAUGUGGUAUAUAUCUAGAUUAGGCAUUGUAAUAUAGUACUUCUUCGAUGCAUAAACACAUGUCUUGCUUCUAUCUUUACAAGUGCGCAUGCUCCUAAAGCAUGACGUAAUUAUUACGCCAUUAUUAACAUCACUGAGAGUAACAAUCCAAAAUUAUUAUAGCGUGAGAAUUGCAUGGCUGGAGAUGAUAAAUUUCUUCAAUGCAGGUAUGGUCGUCGCUCAGGGAACAGUGGAAGAAGUAAGGAAACAUAUACCAGAACUAGAGAUCGCUGAGAACAUCGAGAGCACGGUAGAAGAGACAGAGGAGGAGAGUGAACAUACAGAAAGAGAUGAUAAUCUUGCAGAAGCUGAACAGUUACGUGAAGCUGAAGAAGAUCGUAAAGUAGGAAGCGUUUCUUUCAAUGUUGAUGCAAAGUAUUUCAUGUUUGGUGCCCCAGCGUUGAUGCUUUUACUCUUUUUAUUGAUCAUUGUUGCUGGACAAGGUAAGACAAACUCCACUAAUGAAUAUACAGUAGAUGAAGAAACGUCGAAUAAUAUUUUCGUUUCAUUGCACUGUGUGCUGAAGGCAAUGGCCUCAGGACGAGGUUUCGUGCCAAACUAUAAUGUUUAUAUAUUAAGUUAGCGCUAAGCCUCGACAUGGUGUUGUUGUUUUGGACAAUUAGAGGGUAAUUCGGAAAAGACCCAUUCUUCGGCUAGGUUGAUGGACAGUGAAGAGACAAUAGUAUUACUGAAAGGUUUAUCUUGUAUCUCCUAAUAAAUUUGUGCUGGUGCCAAUAUGCAAAGCCGCUCGGUCUAAAUAUUAAUAAUUAACAAUUAUUGAAUUCGGUUUUCGCACGAUAUGAAGAAGUCAUCAGUUUGUGUUAUCAACCUCAGCCGAAUUGUUUAAUUAUUAUCUAAAAGAUGAAAGAGACGUCGAAAUAAUUGCCAGUUCUUUUUCCCAUUUGCAGAUAUUCUUUCCUUUUUUCUUUCAUAAGUAGGUUAAAACGUUUCAAAACCUUUUGUGACCGUUUUCGUUGAUAUUUCUUCUUCAUGUUUUAAAAGUUGUUUCCUUUAAACCUGCAAACAGGCGGCGUCAUUUUGUUUUGUUCGUGUUUCCACAUUUCGUAUUCGUAUUUCCACAGCACGACGUCAUUCCGUCGUACAUAAUAUUUUCAUAUUCAACGUUAUGUUGUUCAUACCAAAUUCAAAUUUGUUUACCUCAGCUGGGUUUUUAUUUGGGAUUGUGGUUUCAAGUAGCAUAUACUCGGGUGAAAUCGGGUGAUGGAUAGUGCUUUUCGCGCAAUUUGAUUGGUUGCUCAUAUCCGGAUAUCAUCUCCGGUUGCUUGUUGCUUCACCUCUGGACAAAAACAAAAUGGCUUCCCGCAUUCCGGUUACAAACGAGCACAUUUUUGCACUAAACGAACCUGUCGUUUCGCCAAACAGAAAAAUGCCACAAAGUUUUCUUUAAUGCUAUUUCUAAUGAAUAAAAUUACCAAAACCUUGUAAAUGCUGUUUUGUAUACAACCUCUUUAAAAAACAUUUUCGUUGUUUUUUAGUAAUUUUUGUUUUGUUGUGGCCAUGCUAACACAAUUAUUCGCCUCAACGCUUCGCAUUUGGUUGAAUAUCCUUACACGAUUCACUAUAUGUUUCCUUUUUGUAGGUCUCACGGUAUGGGUUGAUAUCCAAGUUUCAUCAUUACCGAAUAUUGUGAACGACGAAGAUAAGUUUCACCGCGCGUUAAUUGUCUAUCCAGUAUCUUUGGUGGUCACAAUAUUGAUAGUCAUUCUGUCAAAGUUAAGCAUAUUUCUUGUACCGAUUCGAGCUAACUACAGAGUCCACAAUAAAAUGGUUACUUGUCUACUUCAAGCCCCUAGUCAUUUCUACGCUGUGAAUUCUGCAGGUCGAAUACUGAACAGGUUUUCACAAGAUAUCAACAACUUGGACGAUCUUCUGCCAUUUAACUUGGUGUACUUCUUUCAAUGUGCGGCGCCCGGAUUGGGAGCAAUUGUUUUAUGUUUUCUCUCAAGUGUUUAUCUCAUACCAGUUUGUUUCGUUGUACUUGGUCUCUGUUUUGGUAUCUCAAAGUUUUUCUUCAGUAGCGCAAUGGACAUUAAACGUUUAAUGUCUGAGUCUGGUAGUCCCUUGUAUUCACAUUUUUCCAACACCAUGGAAGGAGUUAGAACAAUCCGCGUGCAUAAACGACAACAGAGUUUCAUAGAGUCUGCGUACAGGUAUUAGAAAUUGAAGUUCGUGAUAAUCCUGGUUAACACGUAUGAUCAUUCUAAGUCUAGGAAUAGAAAUAAGUGCGACGCUGGAGCGGCGUCUAAAUAAAUUAAGUUCGACAGGUUUUGAUUAGUUCGACACAACUCGUGACGAAGAUGUGACCAGUGAACUAUAUACACAGUUAUAUAGUUCAGUGAUUACGACAAGACUGUCAAGACAAGUCGUAUAUGCGACACUGGUUCGACAUUGAUUUAGACGCUGUGCUUUUCAUGCGCCAAACCUAGCUAAUGCAUAAUUAGUUUUCAAUAUUAUAAUAUGAUUAUCAUAUAUUUGCAUUGUAAAUAUAUCCAAUAUAGUGUCCUCGCAAUUUGGUAUGGCACAAUUAAGUUCGAUAUCUAAAUCAGUUUCCGAUAUUUUGCCGUAGUCUACGACAAUUAUAUUGGGCGCAUGAAAAGUUCGCCGUCUAAACCUAGCCUGUGUACAGCCGUUAAGGCGGACUUCCACUCAGUGCAUAAUGUCGCGCGAUCGACUUUUUCCGCGCGAAAUUACCGCUCUCUUUUUUAAGUGGAUUUCCAUUCCGUGCACGGGAAAAAAGCGCGCCAAAUUUAAAAACAAAUAUAGCGGCUAUCAACAAUUAACGGGUUGCUUUUCGCAGGUGGUUUAAUCGACGAAAAAUACUUGUAUUUUCGUUUGAUCUUUUCGUAUGGAAAGGCUAUGUUCCAUAAACGCGGUUCUUCAUUCACUAAAUGUAUAAAUAUUUUAACAUUGUAUUCAUGCGUUUGAACAAUGGAAAGAUUUUGUGCUAGUGAUGUUGAUGUUAUAGCAAUGUCUUCGCGGAACUCGUCGAUGUCGUCCACUUGAAAAUUUCGUUCGCUCAUGUCGUCGGUAGCCAUCUUUGUUUGCUAUAAAUUUUGAUUUUGCGAGCGAAUAAGUAGAAAGCCGGUCUAUUCGAUCGCGCGUUCUUCAAGUCUUUGCAAUGCGUAUGUGCAAUUAUCCAUUCCGAAGUUGAUGAGUGGACUGGGGACGAGUGUUAAAAAGUGUCCAAAUUAAGAAAUGAACCUAAUCACUAAAAAGACCACCUCAAAAUUAGUAUACAAAGUUUGUAGAUGUUUAGAUGAAUAUCCUUCGAAUAAUAAGCUUUCGAAAAUCGUGAUAUUUACUAUGAAAUGUAUUGUAAUUUUUGUUUUCGGGACGCGUGUCCCAAAAACAAUCUUUUAAUCAGUAAUUUCACGAUAUUCGAAAGCUUAUUAUUCGAAGGGUAUUCAUGUAAACGUCUUCAAACUUUAUAUACUUACUAAUUUUGAGGUGGUCUUUUUAGUGAUUUGGUUCAUUUCUUAAUUUGAGCACUUUUUAACACUCGUUCGCAGUCCACUCAUCAACUUCGGAAUGGCUAAUUAGAAAACCGCUCGGAAAAAGUCGAUUGCGCGACAUUUUCCGCUGAAUGGAAAUCCGCCUUUACUCUCGACGAAGCGCGCGAGACUGAACGUCUGUGAGUUGGAUGCAUAGUCCUUGUUCAGGUCACGUGGAUAGUUCCCAGAUUUGGGGACCGCCUCUGAUUGUACAGUGCUUGAUUUGAAUAAUUUUUGACAAAUGCAUGCAGCUAUUUCAUUGGUUAAUUGAUAAUUAGCAUGCGUUUAAAUUACUUUAAAAUAACAACACAAAAAUUUUAAAAUUCCAGAUCAAGAAUCAAGAUUUCCUUCGGGGCAUGCAUACAAAGGUUUGAAAGACUUGAAAUACAAUCUGUCGAGUUUAAUUUUGUGCUGUAUCGAAGUUUAAGAAAAUCAAGAUAAAUUCUAGUGUUUGGACACUCAGCGAACAAUGCCGACAAAUAUACAGUUAUGCGGCGAUUUCUUGCAGGUAUUUGCUGGCAAUUCUCUCGUUGAUUGCGAUUAAAAAUAGCCAGCGGGAGAGUCAAGAGGGACAAGGGGCCCGUGUUCACCAAUCGUAUUUUGUCCCGGGGCCCGUGGUUGGCUCUCGCCGGCCUUGUCCUGGAGAUAAAGCAUUUUCUUUACAUGUAAUGUGUUUAACUUCGUCUUACUUGACCAGUUAACUUUUAAUUGCUUUAAAAUGCAUAACCAGUUGUGUUUAUAUUUAAUACUUUGUCUUUGUAAACAAAUAUACGCCAUGUAUAUGUACGCCAAGAACUGAGCUUGUACACCGGACGUGCCGGCAAUGAUCAUCGUUCAUCGUUCCAACUCAAAACAAAUCUCUUCAUGGAUUUUAAAAUUCCAGAUCAAGAAUCAAGAUUUCUUUCGGGGCAUACAAAGGUUUGAAAGACUUGAAAUACAAUCUGAAAAACAAUACACGAGAAAUAUAUGCAACAUUCAAUACAAAUUUCAAACCUUUGUAUGCCCCGAAGGAAAUCUUGAUUCUUGAUCUGGAAUUUUAAAAUUUUUGUAUUGUCAUUUUAAACGCAUGCUAAUUAUCAAUUAACCAAUGAAAUAGCUUCAUUUGUCAUAAAUUAUUCAAGGCGCUGUCCAAUCAGAGGCGGUCCCCAAAUCUGGGAACUAUCCACGUGACCUGAACAAGGAUUAUGCAUCCAACUCACAGACGUUCUCUCGCGCGCUUCGUCGAGAGUAACGGCUGUACACAGGCUAUCUAAACCAGGCCUAACAAUUUUUACUUAUCUAUCAAUCUGUACAUGAUUGAUCCAGAUUCAUGCACCAUUCAUAAACCAUUUUGCAUAAUUGCUGGAACUUAUAAAUAUACAUGCAUGUUCAUUCAUUCAUACACAAAUUCAUAGCAAAAACUAUGCAAAAUUCGUGUUUUCAAGGAAAAAUCAUUAACACGAGAGCCCUGGUUGAAAAGUCCUGCGAAACAAAAAUAUUCAAAAUGCCAUAUUUAUAAUAUUUUGAAAUGGUCAAAUUUCCAAUUUUUUUUCAAGGCACAUUGAUCAUCAGCAUGAAGCCAUGUUUGCUUAUUAUACAGCAGCUCGUUGGUUUGGAAUAACCCUGGACCUGGUUCUUGGUAUGUUCUGCGUUCUUGUUGGUUUGUUUGAAUUGUACACAGUGAAAGAUUCCUCAACAGCAGGUAUGAAUGCAUAUCAUUUACUUAGUAUAACAGAUGGAAAUUUAGUAUUCCUUAAACUUGGCGUUAUAGUUGAAAAUUUUAUGUGUUGCUACAACUAAGAUUGUCCUCUGAUAUUUUAAUUAAAGUUUGGAUACUAUUACCUAUUGCAGCUGGAACAUAUACUAUAAGAUUAAAUAUUAUAUGAUUAUCAUGCGUUACUAUUAUAACACUACAAUUACAAAAACAGCUAUCAUCACACCAUGCGACCAUGCAACAUAUAUUACCACCACGAACACAUCAGCAUAACUUUCAACACAAUAACAAUCAUCACAACCAUGCAUGGUUUCUGCUGAUAUAAUCAUAUAAUCCUAUAACUAUCGCCAUCAUCACAACCACUAACUACCGUAUUUACUACCAUACCAUGCAGAAGCAUCAUCACAACCGCCACCAUCACCAUCAAAACUAUAUCACCAGCAUCACAACAACCAUUUAUGAUACCAUCAUUAGUAUCAGGUGUGACAACUAUUCACAAUCAACGAUGCACAAAUGACUAUAUAUUACUACCACAACAACUACAUCAGAAAGGUACCAGGUUAGAAUGCAGUACUUAGAAACAUGCAGGAAAUUUAUUUCUGUUUCACUACAGGGAUUUAGAUUUAUAAGAAGAUAAAUAAACAUUAUAGUGUCAGAAAUAUAAUGUGGUUCGAUUUUUGAUAAUUUUAGUUGUUGGCGCAGUGACCAUUUUGUAUGCGUUUCGCUCUUCUGGAUACACCACAGGCAUGGUACGUAGUGCUGUGGAGGUUCAUGCUCAGAUGACGUCUGCUGAAAGAAUUUUGGCUUACACUGAGAUCGUACCAGAGAAGGGACGGGCGAUCAAGGAACAGCCUCCUAAAGAUUGGCCAGAAAGUGGAAUCAUACAAUUUAACAAUGUUUCACUUCGACAUUAUAAAGAUGGACCUAUAGUUUUGAAGGACCUGUCAUUUGAAAUUAAUCCAGCUGAGAAGAUUGGUAUUGUUGGAAGGACAGGUGCUGGUAAAUCUUCUUUGGUUGCUGCACUGAUGAGAAUUGGCGAAACUGAAGGAAAUAUUAUUAUAGAUAGUUUAUGUAUUGAAGAGUUAAAUACCCUAUCUACUCGUCAACGGAUUUCUGUUAUUUCUCAGUCUCCUGUACUAUUUAAUGGCACUAUCAGAGAGAACAUGAACCCGACAGGUGAACUUGAUGAUUCUGAAAUAUGGAAUGUUUUGGAUCAGAUGCAAUUGGGCAUUCUUGUUGGAAGUUUACCAAAAAAACUGGAUAACGAAUGCACUGGUGGUGGUUCGAAUUUUAGCGUUGGUCAGCGACAGCUAUUUCAUCUUGCAAGAGUUUUGUUGAAACGAAACAAAAUUAUAAUCUUUGAUGAAGCUACUGGGAAGGUAGACCAGAAAACUGCUGGACAAAUCCAGAAUGUUAUUCACGGCGUGUUUAAAGAUUGUACAGUAAUAACAAUCUCACAUCGUAUGGCUACGAUACAGGAGUGUGACAGAAUUAUGGUGUUGGAUCAAGGUUCAAUUGUUGAGUUUGACAAACCAGAUGUUCUACUCAACAAGGAGAAAG